AUUUCCAAACACAACCACGUAACAACUUUUCACAAAUCAAUACUGAAUUAUCUACUUUUCUUUAUUUUACACAAACAUGGACACUUGUAAACUCUGCUCGGAAAGCUUGACCGUCCAACUUGACCCAGAUGAGUUGGAGCAGUUUGAGGGUGGAAGCUCUUCGAUGGGAAGCGUCCCAGAUGACCUUCAGUUGAUUUGCGGCUGUCAUAUGCAUUGGCAAUGUCUGUUGGAUGAAUCUCCUCAAAUCUUGAAUAAGCUCCAUUGUCCAUCGUGUGAUAAUUCAAUUGCAACUUCAGUGGCUUCAUCUUCAAGAUCGGUGUCUGGAACCCGAGUUCCCACGAGAUAUCACAACGAGGGCGGAGUUCAAGAAGACCUUGACAUCUUGCCUCUUAUCACUGAAGAAGCCUAUCUCGAUGAACACCCAGAAGCACGUCCCGCUCGCGCAUUCAUGACAAUGUGUGCCGAGGGUGAUGUUUUUGGAAUCAAUGAUCUACUCAGUGCUGUAGAUGACGACGAGGAUGGAGAAGGGCUAUCGGCAAAGCCAAUUCUGCGCUAUCAAGAUCCUCUGGAUGAAAUGAAAAGUGGUUUGCAUGUGGCUGUCGAAAAGGGACAGGAAGAAAUCAUCUGGCUGUUGUUGUGGCUCGCGUCAACUCUUCCGACAGAGAUCUUCCCGGAACAAAUCACUCAAAUGGCAGAGACAAUGGGUGUCGGACGUGAUACUGCUGACGGAGAAGACAUCCGGAAUCUUCGGGAUGCUCAGGGGCAAUUGGCAAGCGAUUUGGCAAGAAAUACUGGCAAUGUCCUUCUCACCGAUUUAUUAUCGGCGAACUUGCCUUGAUCCGAUAGUUUAUUUGACGGGAAUGCAGAAAGUUAAAAAAGCGAUGAAUGUGAAUUCCGCACAUGAGUAGAUUGGGACAGCUAUCGACAUUCUAAUAAGUAUGCACAAAGCCAUUAGAUAAUAUUUUCCACUGCCACCA